UUCGCGUGCGUCGUUGCCAUUUUUAACGCGUCAGCAGAAGCUGGGAGAAAUAAUAUCAAGUGAAGCAAUAUCAGAGACAUCAGAAUUCUGUAUAUUGUGCAGAAGUGGGAGACAAGAUGACGUCACAAGUCCCAGCAAAGAUUGUGCUGAAAAGCACCACAAAGAUGUCUCUUAAUGAUCGCUUCACCAACAUACAGAAGACGCGCCCCCAGACUGUCGUGCCCAACAUCCGUGCUAACAUGGUGGCCCAGCAACAAGCAUCAGCCAAGAACAGGAGAUUAGCCCAGCAGUUGGCCAACCGACCCGGAGUUGGACCAAUGAUGAACCAACCACAGAUCAGCAUGCCAGGAAAUGGUGUUGCCGUGGCGAUGAGACUCAAGAAGCGUAGUCUCCAGCAACGUUUGGGUCGAAGCAAUGUGAAGGCCAGGCUGAACCUGUCUGCUGUUGGAAGGGGCCAGCCUCGAGGCGGCCAGAGAGGCAACCGCCGUGGUGGCCGCGGGAUGAGGCGUGGUCGGGGAGGUCCCCUUGCUGGCCAGAUGAGCAGACAGCAGUCACAGGCAUCCCUUGCUGGAGAUGGCAGUGGGCACUUCAACCAGGGCUUCAACCAAGGCUUCAGUCCACGUCGAGGUGGGCGUGGCAUGAGGAGGGGUGGCUUCCAGGCUAGAGGUGGGCGUGGCAGUCCCAGUGGUUUCAGGGGGCGUGGUGGUGAUGAUGGGCGGCCAUAUUACCGAGGUGGGAGCCGCCGUGGCCGGGGUUUCCAGUCACGUGGCUACGAGUUCUCCCAGGGUCGUGGAGGGAGGGGAGUUAACCGCAGUCGUGGAAGAGGACGUUUCCAGCGUGGUGGCAGGUUCCAGGGCCGUGGCGGUGGCCGAGGCAGGGGUCAAGGCCGUGGCGGUGGCCGUGGCGCCGGUCAGACCCCGAUGUCCCGAGAAGAGCUGGACAACCAGCUGGAGGAGUACAUGUCCAAGACCAAGACGCACCUGGACACCGAGCUGGACGCCUACAUGGCCGAGGCCAGCUGAGGUGGACAGUGUGACUUCCAGAUAGUGACUUACAAUAAGUUGGGUGGUUCGGGAGAACGAGGACCUGCACAGAUGAUGUCCUAAUUGAUACACCAUCUGUAUCUCAACUGUCAUGGAUCUUUCUUCAGCUGGGACUCGUGCAUUUUGCGUUGUGUGGGCACAGGAUGUGAAUGGCGGCUUAGCCACAUGUAGAGUUUUUACAAGUAGCUAUGAUCUUAAUUUCAGUUGAGUUGCUGACAGCUUUCUGUGUGUGUAUUCCCAUGUGUUGAGGUGUUUGUCCCUGUAAGGGAUCAAGGGAGGUAACAGCUGGAAGAAAAGAAGCAAAA